AUCUUGAGGAAGGGCAGCCUCGUGGUGCCUUCUGGCUGAGGCCCGGGGAAAGAAAGCGGAAGCCCUGGGAUCGAGUGCAUCUUUUCUCUGACACGUGCAGCCUCAUUUUGAGAUCCCUGUUUUUGUAGUCCUGAAAGACCAGAGUGCGGAUAGUCUGAUUGUUACCCAUACGUUUGUCUAGGUACGCCAUGGCUCAGCUCCAGACACGCUUCUUCACUGACAACAAGAAAUAUGCGGUAGAUGAUGUUCCCUUCUCCAUACCUGCAGCCUCUGAAAUUGCUGACCUUAGUAACAUCAUCAAUAAAUUGUUGGAGGCCAAAAAUGAGUUUCACAAACAUGUGGAGUUUGAUUUCCUCAUCAAGGGCCAGUUUCUACGAAUGCCGUUGUUCAAACACAUGGAACUGGAAAACAUCUCAUCAGAAGAAGUUGUGGAACUAGAGUACGUGGAGAAGUACACUGCCCCUCAGCCAGAACAGUGCGUGUUCCAUGAUGACUGGAUCAGUGCGAUCGAAGCGACAGAAGAAUGGAUCUUGACUGGUUCUUAUGAUAAGACUUCUCGGAUCUGGUCCUUGGAAGGAAAAUCAAUAAUGACAAUUGUGGGACAUACAGAUGUUGUAAAAGAUGUGGCCUGGGUGAAAAAAGACAACUUGUCUUGCCUGCUGCUGAGCGCCUCCAUGGACCAGACUAUUCUCCUGUGGGAGUGGCAUGCAGAGAGGAACAAGGUGAAAGCCCUGCACUGCUGCCGGGGCCAUGCGGGCAGCGUGGAUUCCAUCGCGGUGGAUAGCACAGGAACCAAAUUUUGCAGUGGCUCCUGGGAUAAGAUGCUAAAGAUUUGGUCUACAGUUCCUACAGAUGAAGAAGAUGAAAUGGAAGAAUCCACAAAUCGACCAAGAAAGAAACAGAAAACAGAGCAGCUGGGACUCACGAGGACUCCCAUUGUGACCCUCUCUGGCCACAAGGAAGCAAUUUCCUCAGUUCUGUGGUCAGAUGCUGAAGAAAUCUGCAGUGCGUCUUGGGACCACACAAUUAGAGUAUGGGAUGUUGAGUCUGGCAGUCUAAAGUCAACUUUGACAGGAAAUAAAGUGUUUAAUUGUAUCUCCUAUUCUCCACUUUGUAAACGUUUAGCAUCUGGAAGUACAGAUAGGCAUAUCAGGCUGUGGGAUCCCCGAACUAAAGAUGGUUCUUUGGUGUCGCUGUCCCUAACCUCACACACAGGCUGGGUCACAUCAGUAAAGUGGUCUCCUACCCAUGAACAGCAGCUCAUUUCUGGUUCUUUAGAUAACAUGGUUAAGCUGUGGGAUACCAGAAGUUGUAAGGCUCCUCUCUAUGAUCUGGCUGCUCAUGAAGACAAAGUUCUGAGUGUAGACUGGACAGACUCAGGGUUACUUCUGAGUGGAGGAGCAGACAAUAAAUUGUAUUCCUACAGAUAUUCGCCUACGACUUCCCAUGUGGGGGCAUGAAAGUGAAAGAUAAAUUUGACUGCAGAGAUUCCUUCUGUAAAUAAAAUCAGUAGAGAAUACUCAGCUAACACCAAUACAGAUACAGGAAGCAGCCUUUUAGAUUAAAGUUAAUAUACUGUUUCACCCUUGAUGAUAGUGUUAUCACUGUCUUUUUAUUUUGUAUUUAUUAUACAACAGUUGUGUUUAUUGAAUAUAAAACAUGGCCUGCAUUCUCUACCUUAUGAAAACUUUUGAAAUUAAACUGAGUUUUAAUUUCUCUUCUAAAGGUAUUGGUUUGAAUUACGAUUUGUUUUUGAAGUCCUAUAAAAGUAUGUGUUAAAAAAGUUCAGUAAUUGUUCAGAUUUUUAUUUCUGAGGGAGGAACUUCAUUUUUUAAAGUUAGUGUUUAAAAAAAGCAUCUAAAAAGUAAUAAAUUUUAACAGAAAAAUCAGAAAUACAAUCUGUGUUUGGUAAAAAAAAUUAUUCUGUAACUGUAAUAAUGUUCUUUGUAAGUAUUCAGAACAUUAAAACAUGUAGAUGUUGCCAGUUAUUAAGAAUUUGUUGAAAUAUUUUAAGUGAAGUACUUUGUUUCAAAGAUAAGUCAGGGCAAUUCCCUAGUGAUCCAGUGGUUAGGACUCCAUGUUUGCAAUGCUGGGGGCCAGGGUUCUGUCCCUGAUUAGAGAACUAAGAUCCCACAAGCUGUAUAACGUGACCAAAAAAAUAAUAAAUAAAAGACUUUAAAAAUACAUAAAGACAAGUCAGAAUCCUUUAGAAAUAGCAUACAGAUUUCAUGGUAACCAGGAAUCUCUCUCCCACACUUACACUUGUGUAUAGAUAAGAAUUCUUCAGACAAAACCUUUCAGUAAGUUUUAGGUAAAAACAUUCUAAAAUUUUCGUAUCAUUAGCACUUAUCUAAAUCCAUUUAUUAUAUGCCAGAUAUGUAAAGUAAAUGUCUUAAAAUGUGACUUUAGUGGAUUGGUAUUUCUCAAGCAGAGCACCUCUGCCUCUAAAUAAUAAACAGGAAAUCAGUUUGGUCUCAUCAUUAGACUCUAAUGCCAUGUAUCUCAUACGAGGUUUCCUAUUACAGAGGUCUAGGAAACAACCAGAAUAACCGGGCUGCCACUGAGAGCCAGGCUGACAGUGGAUUAAACCAUGUGAACGAUUACAGAAGUUCAGAGGCAGUCCAGUACUGUUCAAGUGGUUUUGUGCCACACGCCUUAGGGACCUGACUCCCUCUUGACCUUAUUUUUCAAAGGACGAAGAUAAAGUUAUAUUCCUCUUCUGGAUGGUUCUGAAUGAACCUUAAGAACACAGGUACAGAAAAUAUUUUUCUUAACUCGCCCAGUCUGUUCUGCUCACAUGUAGUAUGCAUAACCUAGGUGGUUAAAGUAAAGGUGAAGGGCUUCCCUGCUGGCUCAGACAGUAAAGAACCUAUCUGCAAUGCAGGAAACCUGGCUUCGAUGCCUGGGUUGGGACGCUCCCCUGGAGGAGGGAAUGGAAACCCACUCCAGUAUUCUUGCCUGGAGAAUCCCAUGGACAAAGAAACCUGAUGGACUCCAUGGGGCUGCCAAGAGUGGGACACUGACUGAGCGCCUAACACAGGCUCAAAGAGGCCAGUUUACUAGAUGAAGGACAAAGAAGGAAGUGGCAUCAAGUCCUGUUUCCAAGCCUAUUCUUAACGAUGGUGCCGACGCAGGAUACAUUCAUGGUUUAGGGAUUCUCCUUUGCGGGAUGUAGUAUCAGUGGCCAAGUCUCUUAGAGAAAGACUGAUUGAUCCUUACCAAACCUCUUAUGUAACUCAAGCGAUUAGAUCUUACUCUCCAAACAGGAAGAGCAUGAGAGGCCAAGAGAAAGCUAGAAGACUUAAGUCCUUUUAAAACAUAGUGUUUUCCUACCUCCCAUUGUUUGUAUUGUCUAAAAAAGUAGAGGGUCCCUUUCGAUAGUCCAUUUUCCUCCAUUUUAGUUACACCGGAGACAGGGACCUUCCGUGGACUUGUUUGCUCCUAAGAUUUGCUUGGAGAAGUCAGUGGAGCUGCUUUUCUAGAGCUGGAAUUUGGGAACCAGACAGUGCAGUGUUGAGGACCUGCAGACCAGUACAGGGUCAUCUACGCUGCCUUGCCAUGGUAAUGCCAUUCAUAAACAUGUUAAUCCUUAUUUUUACCUCAUCAAAGUGUUAAGAAAUUUCUGUUUGGCAACAAACUUCCUAAUUUUAAAGUUAGGCACAAAAUAUACUCCAAUUGCUGAAAAAGUCAGUCAAAUGGCUUCCCUGAUAGCUCAGAUGGUAAACUGUCUGCCUGCAAUGUGGGAGAUCCGGGUUCAAUCCCUGGGUUGGGAAGAUCCCCUGGAGAAGGAAAUGGCAACCCACUCCAGUACUCUUGCCUGGAAAAUUCCACGGACAGAGGAGACUUGUAAGCUACAGUCCAUGGGGUCGCAAAGAGUUGGACACGACAGCGACUUCACUUCACUUCUACCAUGUACCAGGGUCUCUGCUGGGGUAGAGGGGAGGGGGGAAAAUGUAUAAGAUAUGGAGACUACCUUCUCACAUGGGAGAUGCUCAAUUAAAACCUGGUUACAACAGUAUCCUAAGUGCAAAGAAAGAUGUGAAUCUAAGGCAGAAAGGAAGCAUAGAGAAAGGAGCAGUUACCUUUGUGGGGAGGGAAGUGGCCACCAAGAAAGGCAUGUAGAAGAGUGACAUCUGAUCGAGAUUUGGGCAGAUAAUUGGUUGGGAAAGUGAAGAUGGAAUUUAUUUCUGGCAGGGGAAGCAGCACAGAAAGAUCAGAAAUGAUAGCUCAGAAGUAUCUUGUGGCAGAAAGCAUAAUAUUUUCAUAUGCUAAGAAGUUUAAUUUUAUUUUCCUCUUAAAUAAAGCUGCCUUCCAGGUCUUACGUAAGAUGAUGAUCUUCCUAUAUUGGAAACUGUGAAAAUAAAACCUGACUGUGAUGAUUACCUAGAGAUUAUUAGAGUAGAAAUUUUAGUUACUUAAGUUUUUAUUCUAUAUAAAAUGAUACAAUAGCUUUUCUAUGAAUAGAUGACCAGUGUUUUUCAUAUUCUUCGAAUUUAGAAUGACCAUUUUGGAACUGUGGUCAACAAUGCAUAUUUUGGAAUGCUUCUUAGCAUUAUCAGGAGGAAAGUACAAAUCAAAUUUCAAAUUGACAUAAAAUACACAUAAUUGGACAAACAGCCCUACAAAGUGAAACUAUCUGGGAACUUCUGAUAAUAACAUUGAAAUCUGUUUAUAAAAAUUAUUUUGGUGUACUGGGUUGGCCAAUGUUAUAGUUUUGAAAAAUCAGUUGCUUAUAAGGAGAAAUAUUAAUCUUUGUUAUAUACUACCAUACCUUCUGGGCUUCCCUGGUAGCUCAGCUGGUAAAGAAUCCGCCUGCCAUGCAGGAGUCCCCACUUUGAUUCCUGGGUUAGGAAGAUCCCCUAGAGGAGGGCAUGGCAACCCACUCCAAUGUUCCUGCCAAGAGAAUCCCCAUGGAUAGAGGAACCUGGCAAGCUACAGUCCAUAGAAUCAAAGAGUCGGACACGACUAAGCAACUACACAAACACACCAAACCUUCUAUUUUAAAAGGGGAAAAAAAUGACCCUUUAACAAUAUGCAUGAGCAAGGGUAUUCAAUUAAUAUGUUUUAUUUAAAAAGCCACUAAUUAGAAUCAGGUUUCAUUUGACAAGUGAUAUCAAAACUUUGCAAAUCAGAAACUGCCAGGUAUAAAAUCAGCAGGAAUUUUGUUAAGUCACUUUACUACUGACAUUUUUUGACUAUCAUAGACUUCUAUUAGUAACCAUAUUCAUGUUUUAUUAUUAUGUCACAUAAGCCAAAUAUAUCUUUAAUGUAGCUUAGUAGAAAAGGGGUUUUUUGGUUUAAUAUAAUUAGAUUAACUAUUGUUAUUCCAAUAUUGGUUCCAUUGGUUCCCAAGUUUGAGGUGGUGUCUAUAAAAACGGCAAAAAACUAUCCCUCUGUAACAAUCUUCUGAUAUGGCUACUAAAAGAUUUAUUUUAUUUGGUUGCACUGCAGGGCUUGCAAGACUGAACCCCUGCCAUGGCAGUGAAAGCAGUGAGUGGGAACCACUGGAGCCCCAGGGAAUUCCCUGGCAAAAAGCAAGAGAUCUUUAUCUUAAAGAAGAAUAUUUGCUUACAGAGGUCAAGUUAUUUGACUAGAUUUCAUGCAGCCAGUAAAUAGCAGAAUAAGAAUCCGAAUUUGGAUUUAUCUCAGAGCUCAAGCUCUUAAUCAUACAAAUUCUGCCCAUUCUUAAGUCAUGCAUAAGAACAAUAUUUUUUCAUACAUGUAAAGAGUAAGUGGGAAAAUGUCUUCACCUAGAUGAAAGAAAGGUUGUACACAAAUAUAAGUGGCAUUUAUUUGGUAUCAAAUUACCAUGUUCAGCUUUGCAUGUUUUUGCCUUUAGAAUUGAUCUCGAUUUUAGUAUACAACUUAAAUGUAUUAGAAUAAUAAUAUGAAGAUGUGUACUUUCAAGAUCCAUUGCUAUUAUUUUCACUUAGGAAUUGUGAAAUAUAAGCAAAAUAGGAACUUUGAAAAUUAUCCUGUUAUUUGUAUCAUUUUAAUUAUCAUGUUAUUCAUGUUAAAGGAAACCUCAACCCAAACAGUUUAAAUAUCUAGUGUGAUGGUAUAAAACCAAUUAGUCGCAGAACUCAGUGACAUGUUUCCAAAUAAUAAAGACUACAGGACGAUGAUCUUGGUUAUGUACAAUCUGAUAGAAAGUUUGCAACAUGUCAAUUCUAUGUAUAGCUAUAUGCCUGGGACUUUCUAACACCAAAUAAAGUUCAAUGAUUGUUUCAGGA